AGUUGAGUUAGGAAGUCAUGGUGCCCUGGGAGCCCUCCCCGCCCCGGCAGUGCGGCGGCGGCGGCUGGACGCUCUGCGACUGCUGCUGCUGGCUGCUGCUGCCCGCCGUGCUGCUCGUCCUCGCCCGCCCCGACAAGCUGGCGGCCUUCCCUACCUCCUUAAGCGACUGCCAGACGCCCACCGGCUGGAACUGCUCCGGUUACGAUGACAGAGAAAAUGAUCUCUUUCUCUGCGACACCAAUACCUGUAAAUUUGAUGGGGAGUGUUUAAGGAUUGGAGACAGUGUGACUUGUGUCUGUCAGUUCAAGUGUAACAAUGACUACGUGCCCGUGUGUGGCUCCAAUGGUGACACCUACCAGAACGAGUGCUACUUGAAACAGGCUGCCUGCAAGCAGCAGAGUGAAAUCCUGCUGGUGUCCGAGGGAUCCUGUGCCACUGAUGCUGGCUCAGGAUCUGGGGAUGGAGUCAAUGAAGGCUCAGGUGAAACCAAUCAAAAAGAGACAUCGACCUGUGACAUUUGCCAGUUUGGGGCGGAGUGCGAUGAAGAUGCAGAGGAUGUUUGGUGUGUGUGCAACAUUGACUGUUCUCAAACCAACUUCAAUCCUCUUUGUGCUUCCGAUGGGAAAUCUUAUGAUAAUGCAUGUCAAAUCAAAGAGGCAUCAUGCCAGAAACAGGAGAAAAUUGAAGUCAUGUCUUUGGGUCGAUGUCAAGACAAUACUACAACAACUACAAAAUCAGAAGAUGGGCAUUAUGCAAGGACAGAUUAUGCAGAGAAUGCAAAUAAACUGGAAGAAAGUGCAAGAGGGAUCUACAUCCCUUGUCCAGAGCACUACAACGGCUUCUGCAUGCAUGGCAAGUGUGAGCACUCCACAAACAUGCUGGAACCGUCCUGCAGAUGUGAUGCCGGCUACACUGGACAACACUGUGAAAAAAAGGACUACAGCGUUUUAUAUGUGGUUCCAGGUCCAGUACGAUUUCAGUACGUCUUAAUAGCAGCUGUGAUUGGAACCAUCCAGAUUGCUAUCAUCUGUGUUGUAGUCCUUUGUAUUACAAGGAAAUGUCCCAGGAGCAACAGAAUCCACAGACAGAAGCAAAACACAGGGCACUACAGUUCAGACAACACAACAAGAGCAUCGACAAGUUCUAGUGGCAAUUUUGAGUCUACUGAACUCAGUAGUAGGGUUUUGAGUUGGUCCAAGAUCAGCGACAAUUAUGGAUGUGGGAAAGGUGAAGAAUAAUUUAACCUACAUUGAGGAGGGAUAAAAUAUUUCAGAUCCGGAGUCAACUACAUUUCAUCAGCCUUCUUCUCCCAUGCCAUCUAUCUUUACUCUCCCAUAGCUUAGGAAGUCUUUGCCUUCUAAAUUAAAUCCUAACCGAAGGGGAAAUGGAAAUUCUCGGUAACGGCAAUGAGAGUGUCGGGGGUAACGUUUCCAUUUGGGAUGGAGUUAGGUGGCUGUCAAGGUGAACCCUACAAGAACACUUGGCAGAGUCUCCAGCUCUGGUCACUGGAGUGAGUGAAAAUUGCUUCUCACUCUUGAUUGAAAAUUAUUAGGUUAAAAAAGUUAAUAACAUAAUAACAGCUGAAAUGCCAGUCCCAUUUGCACCUCGUGAACAUGCUGAUAUAAUUUAUUUUUUCAAAGAGAAGGUGAAAAACACUCAGAAAAUACCUUAUAAAUAACUUUAUGGGUGACCCCACUCCAUUAAAUGUAAUGAACCCAAAUGUUGGCUAUACCUCAGGAAAAUAAGGGCAUGUGUUUUGUCACAUCCACAUGAUGGACAAGAUGCAAAGUUAUUUCUGUGAUAGCUGAAACUCUCCAAAGCACAUCCUUUCCAGAAGGUAAUUCUGCUCUAGUUUGUGCUGUGAAUUUUGAAGACAGCAGAGUGGGGUAACAUCACUGCUGCUGGAUAACCCUGUGCCCUGAGUGAGUGCCCAGGCUCAGUCCCACUGAGUGGCAGCACUGAACUGGAGAGCCCUGUAACAGCAGUCACUGUGCUGCUCCUCUCCAAAGAGACUUUGCCCGGGCAGGAUGUGCCCAAGAGAAGAGUUAGGAGUAGUUCUCACUGUCAUCACCACGUCAGAGUCAGACCUGGGGUUACCUGGGGUGAUGUCUCAUGAGUGUGUUUCCAUUUCCUGCUUCAGCAUCCAUCUGGUCACUCACAGCAGUCACCACCAAGCCCACCAGUGACAGCCCACCCGGCCUGGCCCUCAGACACGGGUGCAGUGGUCCUGCUGCUCUAACACAACUUUGGUCUUCCCCUCCCUACCCCAGCCUGCUUUAAAGUGAAUCCAUUGCAUGAUGUUCACACGGGCUCA